UUCGACGGUCGCUAUAUUUAUUUUUCCUUUAGUUUAUUGGAAAAGGAAAUCAAAUUUCUUUAGGAGACUGAGAAACAUAAACUAUCGAUGAUUGUGUCGAUCACAGAAAAACAAGAGGAGUCGCAGCAGACGACUUCUGCCUGCCCGCGCCGAAUAACAGAGAAUCUUAAUACCGGCCGUUCUAUUUCCCCGAGUAGGCGGCGCCGCAAAAGAAGAGCUGCUGCAUCCUCACGACAGAGAAGAACGAGAACCAUGCGCGACUUACAACUCCUAGGUGGAGCAAUUAUCGUCUCCGCCACCCUCCACACCACGCCAACCGCCGCGAAUCUAUUUCCACCAAGCUUUGGCGGCUUCGGCAACCUGGGGAAUGUUCCACUUCCGAGCACGAUUCAAGGCGGCGGAGGAGGAGGUGGUUUCAGCACGACCACAUCCACCACAUCGAACAGCCAAAGUGGCUCGAACAAGAACAAUGGUCAACAUAACAACAUAGACACGACCAGUUGGCUGAAGCAAAAAUUCACCCAUCUGCAGGGCGGCUUGGCAACGCUGUUCCCUUAUCAUCCGGAUAUUUAUUUGCGGAGUAUUUUCGACGACAAACCUUCGGAAAAGUUCCAGCCACCGACGGAGAGAAAACGGAGUAGUUCCUCAGCGGGAGAAGUGGCAGGAGCUGCAUCAGGAACACGCGCCGAUCAUGCGGACAAGGACGAUGCGUCAACCGGAUCAGUGGGCACCAGCGCAGCAGGUUUAUCGGCGUCCAUAGCUGCAGAUGACCACGACGCGGACGAGGCGGACGCUCAGGCUUUGCUCGGUAUGAUCAAUACCGCCUCUUCCAAUGCUAGGUCCUCUGCUGGCGCAGGAGCAGCGACAAUAGGAACAACUGCAGCGAGAUCUGGUUCCACGCUCCUGAGCUUCAAAAAACUCGACAGCAAAGUGGUCGCCUUAUUCAACGCGGAUUCCGGGGAGGUCAGCGGGGUGCUGAAGCGGAAUACUCGUCAUGUGGGUGUUGAUUCAUCUGAAAAUAACGAGCGAACAGUCUCUACAGCAUCUUCGCAAGCGGGACUACUAUUUUCACCCUCGUCAUCCCGCGGGUGCGUGGUAAUCGACGUCGCUACCGCCGAAAGCCAAGAAAUGACGCCGUCCGGCGCACUCACUAUGAACUGCAAAACAAGUAUCGUAUUCGUAUAAAUGCAUUACAAAUUUUCUCAGCAUGAGAAAUAAAAUUUGUAAUGCUGAUUUACCUCAAGAAAAAGAUUUGUAAUGCAUGAUUGCAAUACGAGCACGAUACUUUUGCACAGUAUACUCACCUCAGGUGGGCAGCCAGCAGCGGAAAACUUCAAGCCGGAGGACGUUUUUAAAAAGCUGAAUAUGCUCCAGAAACGGACGCACAGGCCAUAUUUGUAAUGCAAAAAUAAAUAGACAAAAAAAUCUGCAUGCCCUGAACAGGAUGUUACGGCCUCGCCCAUGACAGAUUUUCCUGUGUAUUUAUUUUUGCAUUACAAAUAUGCCCUGCCUGCUUUUUUCUGUGGGAUACAGAAACUGUGGAACUUACAGGACCUGGUGAGCAUUGGGAACGAAGGAGAGGACUCUCGUGUUGGCCAAGAAUCCGAUGGUACUGGAGCUGGUGCAGAAGUAGAACGCACUCGAAAUCGUCCAAGUGAAGAUGGCCAGGAGCACGAGGACCAGAAUUAUAAAGCCACCACUUUCUACUCGUCCCAGGCCGCGCUCCACGUCCUCUGGCUGCACGGAAAAGGAAAAUCCCUGGACCCAUGGUUGCUUGUCGCCGAGAAGCUCUGCAGCCACUACGACCUGCUGGUCCUGGAGGACGAGCUGUUGAUUGUCGCGUUCCGCGAAAAAACGACGAACAUGCGCGAGGAGUUGAAAAAGUGCAAAUUAGUCCCCUUCGAUGCCAACGAAAACCCGGAUACGGAGAAGUUUCACAGCCUGCCCUGGCGGCCGGAUAUCAAAUGCUGCAAAUAUGUCUGGGUCUGGAAACUUGUGAUGCUGGUUUGCGAAUGAUUAGGAUGCCGCAAUUGCCGUUCCAGCAUGACAAGUUUCUGAGGUGGUCGGUGUAGUCUAUCCUGCACGACAUACUGCGUUUCCGCAUGACAGAAAAGCGACGCGGCUAGCAGUACGCACUAGUGGUGUUUGUUGACCACGUGUACUGGCUCAGGGAGAGUCGGUAGGUGCCGCGGGGGUGGCUCAACGGCCAAUCGGGGUUUCGUCCAUGUACGCAUGGCGUACCAGUUCACCCACAGGCGACACAGCGUGUGUCGUCGAAAACCGGAUUAAGAGGGGCCGUCGGACCGGGAAAUCGCUUGCUGGUUAAUAUGUAUGCGUGACAAGCUGGCUGCGCUUUGCAUUCGUGGCAGUUCAGGAGACUAGAAGAACUGGUGAAGCGAUCGGAUCGACGAGGUGCGUCAGGGGGCGUCACUCAUUCAUUCAUUCAUUCAUUCAUUCAUUCAUUCAUUCAUUCAUUCAUUCAUUCAUUGGGUAACGUGCAUGACAGACUUGAGGGCCAUGCUAGCCGAGCAUGACAAGUCUGGCACUCUUCCAGACCCAGACACUUUUGCAAUCCAUGCCGGACGAAAUUUUACCGAUUCAGUUGGAGGGAAUCCCUCUCGUUUCUUUCCACGCGCACCGGGUUUUCGACAAGGAAGCGCAGCGAAACCACCACAAGUGGCUGGAAAACCCAGACGAAUGGACGCCGUAUUUCCUGGACAUGGUCCGCAAGGGCGAAGUGGUCAUGUGCCUCGACGCGGUACGCAUUACAAAAGCAUCGUACUAAGUAGAAAUUGCAAUACAAAUUGGCUCAGCAUUCAAAAUGAAAUCUGUAGUAAAAGUAAUGCUGCCAGCAAUUACUACGAAACGAGUGCGAUACUUUUGCAAUGCAUACGCGGAACACUGCAGCAACGACCGCAUGCCGUUCCGGCUCAUAUUUACCGAGGAAAUCCAUCCUGAGUAAAAGCGUACCCACACCAGAGUCAAGAUGGGGAUUUUGCAACACAAACCUAGGAGUUUUGGGAGUCACGCAUGACAAGUUUCAGUCCGUAAGGUAGUGCAAGUUAGCAAGUGCAGCCGCAUCACAAAUCGAUCUGCUGAUCCUGUGUGUGUUUACAGCAUUACAAGUUCCCAAACACGAUUGAAAAUGCCUGUCAUGGGGUUGCGCAUCACAAAUGUUCCUGUCAUGGCAAAUCUGCAUGACAACUCUGGUGUGGGGACGUUUUUACACAGGAUAAAAUCGGCGAAGAGUUCAUCGAGUGCUUAUCCCAGUAUGAACCGCAAAAGUAUCGUGCUCGACGUACGAAUCGCAUUUAUGCAUUACUAAUUUCUUUUUCAAGCUAAAUCAGGAUGACAAAUUUCAUUUGUCAUGCUGAAUUUGUAUUGCAAUACUACGAAUUGUACGAUGCUUUUGCAUUUCAUACCCAGGGGAUCAUCCCGAUUUACUACCUGUCCGCAAACCUAGCUUCUUUUCUGGAACGGGUGUUGCUCUUCAUGCCGUUCUACUUCACGAGUCCGAAGGAAAUGCACAAUCUCGUGGCGACGUUGACGGAUGGCAGCGGGAUCCUACAACACGGGGUGCGGAUGUACAUGACGCACGAGUCCAACCACUACUUGACCGCAUUAUACUGGGGCCAGUCGCGGUUCUUGCGGUUCCUCACCGCCGUCACCUCCAUGCACUACCAAGAAAUGUCGAUUGUGUCUGUGAAAGACGAAAUCACCGGGAAAACAACUUCUUCCCUGACGGGGGAGCUCUUAGUUUGUGUCCACUCCGCCAGGAAGAUAUGACAGCGCACAAGAACUCCCCCUCCCUCUCAUUUGUCAUGCAAAAUACCGAAUACACCACUUGCGUUCUUGAAGCACUGUUCGCAAGGUAAGCUUCGGAGCCUGAAACAGUAGUAUCCGUGUGUAAGUAGAUUUGUCAUGCGGAAGGCCCAUUUCUGCCGUUGCUUGUGUUGCUGUUCAUACCAUACAAACGAGGGGGAGGGGGUGUUGUGCACUCUCAUAGAAGAACAAGCGCGCGCGGGCGUUGAUCCGCGAAACCUGGGCGAAGGGGUCCCCGUUAUACCCGGAAAUUUUGGUCCGGGUCGUGUUCUAUGCACUGCAAAAGUAUCGUACUCGUAUAAAUGCAUUACAAAUUUUCUCUGCAUGAGAAAUAAAAUUUGUAAUGCGGAUUUAGCUUAAGAGCAAGAUUUCGAUUUGUAAUGCUUGUUUGCAAUUACUACGAGUGCGAUACUUGUGCACAGAAUAUGUUCUUCAUCGGGAAAAAGCAGAAAAGUAGCGAGAAUGAGUACAACCGCGAAGAGGAGAACGAGAACGACGCGCUGGAAGAAGAGCAUGCUGAGUACCAGGACUUGGUGCUGUUGGACCACUAUGACGACAAGUUUGAGAACAUCUGGAUCAAAACCGCUGCGAUCAUGUAUGACACCCUCAGAAUGGAAAUCCUCAAAGUGGAAAUACUUUGUGAUGCAUGAAAUGCGACACCAAAAAGACUGCAUUGCGGAGAACGCAAUGGAGGCCGACUGUUGUGCUUCUACGGGUUGUUCAGAAUUGGGUUCCUGAUUAGCAUGAGAGGAGGGCACCCCUUUAUAUGCCUAACUAGCAUGACAGAGACAGACACGUUUUGAGUGCCCGGGAAAUUUGUCAUGCGCCGACUAUAAAUGGUGCUCCAACUGGAGUCGUUUUUUUGCAUUACAAAUUAUUUUCACUUUGAGGAUUUCCAACCUGAGGCUUUCAUAUCAUGAAAUUCGGCCUGAUGCAGUUCCGUAAACCCAGUACGAGGACAAGAUAUGCAUUGCAAAAGCAUCGUACUCGUAUAAAUGCAUUACAAAUUUCCUCAGCAUGAGAAAUAAAAUUUGUCAUGCUGAUUUACCUCAAGAAAAAUAUUUGUAAUGCAAGACUUGCAUUUAUACGAGUGCGAUACUUUUGCACAGGAUACAAGACUCCGCUACUUGAUGAAAAUAUCCUUUGCAAAUGAAGUGUCGCACUUGUGUAAAUUCAAUGCUAGUCUCGAAUGACAGAUCUUCUUUCGUAUUCGUUCCUGCUCGAUCUGCAUGACAAACUUGAUUUUAAGUAUUUGCUUUUGAAAAAAGUUGCUGUUGCAAUGCAGUUUUCUGCUAUCUGGUGCGAUACAACUACUUUUGUAAAAAUGCAUAGAAGGCAGACGACGACACUUUUUUCAAUAUCGACGGUAUUAUCGAGGACCUGUUCGCGGCUUUCACGGGGCGGAAGGAAGACGCGAGCUCUCGAGGAAAAACAAAUGUGACAGAAGGUAUUGAUUCAUUAUAGAUACUUCUUUGCGCAUGACAAGAGUAGAGUGCUGCAGCUUUAUUUGAUGUUUUGGUGAAUGCUAUGAUGCGCAAUAUUACGUUGUACUUGAUGUUUUUAUCCCAACCCCCACCAGGCCACGGCGUGGACCUGUGGUCCGCGACAGACGACAUCACGCCACGGGAAAUCAAACCGACGAUCGAUAUGGCGUUCUCAACUGUUACAUUCUCAACUGUUACAUGAAUUUGUGAUGCAAGGAUGGGAAAAGUGAUAGGAGAGAUCUUGCGCGUCUUGCAUGACAGAUUUGGCGCCGAUUAUCCGCCUGUUUGGCCCUCUAAGAAUUUGUCAUGCGAAGCAGCUUGAUGGUGUAGAUUCUGAAAGCAAUUCUGCGUGACAAACCAUGUAACAGUUGAGAAUGUAACGUUUGAGAGCCCCAUAAUCGAAAUCCAGACCGUCGACAUUGGCAACUACGAGUCCUCGAAGCACCUGCUAUCCACAGUAAAUUUCCCGUACACGUACAAAUGCGGUGCCUGCAUGACAAAACUUGGAUGCGAUACUACUUUAGCAUGACAAGUGUUACACUUCAAAUUGGCGCAAUUUGUGAUGCAUCUUGUACAUGCACGGAAAAUUUGUAUUGCAUACCAGCACACCGGGCACUACUGGGGUUUCAUCAUGGCUUUGGUGCAGCCAAAUAGGAACACCACGGACAAAUACUACGUCCCCUACCGGUCGUUUGGCAACGAAUUCUACCCGGCGUACGCCCGCGGAUUGGGUUACGCCAUGAGCGAGGAUUUGGUGCUCGCUGUUGGCCAGUAUGCAAUACAAAUUUUCCGUACAUGUACAAGAUGCAUACACAAAUUUCACCAUAUUUGGAGCGCAAAACUUGUCAUGCUAGACUAGGAUCGAAGCCAAGCUUUGUCAUGUGGAGACCGCAUUUGUUCGCCUACGGGAAAUUUACUGUGGAUAGCCAGGGUUUGUCCGACGGCUCUCUGUCGCCCUUCCCCUACAGGGAGGACGUUUCUGUCGGGUUGUACUUGUAUUCCUUGUCCAAACUGGGCCGCGCGAAGGUCCGGCCGAUGCAGCGGAAGGACCACAUGCCGUUGGAGAUCGAAAAGUACUGCACGGAAGUGUACGACGCGAAGGGACUGAAUUGGGACUUGCUCGAGAUCCACCGGUACCAGUACGACAACCACGAGUGUCUGUGGUAUGACAGUGCACAACUCCCCCUCCCCCUCAUUUGUAUAGCAUGAACGGCAGCACAAGCAUCAGCAAGAAAAAGCAUGCGAAUGCCGGUUCUUCAUGACAGAGUUACACUGGAGCGUAGUACUGUUUGGGCUUCCGGAGAAGUUUAUAAUGCAAACAGAACCAAGACGGGGCACAGCCUCGAUUUGGUAUUUUGCAUGACAAACGAGGGGGAAGGGGUGGAGUUGCGCACUUUCAUAUGUGGAACGUGGUUUCCCGAAGACGAGAAUUGUCCAUGAUUGCGAUGAAAAAUCCGCCUGGUAACGUAGCAGCAGCGGGCCUGAGCCUCCGAUUUCCGAAAUUCGAGCCGAAAAAGAAGUACGUCCCGAAGGAAUUGGACUUCUGUCAGUGCUUCUUGAAUGCGGACGGGAGUCUGAAAAUCGCAAGUGCUGCUAGCGGAGGAAGUGCCGCUGCGAGGGCGGAACUGUGACGAGAUUGACAGUCCGUUUUGUUUCGGCUGAUGAAAAUUAUUUAAGGGUUAAGAAGAACCACGAUAAUUAGAGAGACGCAUUAGUGCCACAACAAGCAACUACAUCUAAUGAUUUUCCAACAUAGCUGUGGUGGAGCAUCGCUUACAUUCGCAACUGCGACUACCAGGCACUUUGUGUGUUGUUCUAUGUCGUUUAUUUCCAGUGUCGGUCUCCUUAC